CGCCUAUGAUUUGUUUCUCUUAGAUUGAAAGUUGGUUAAACAUUUCAAGUUGUUGAUGAUAAUGGAUCUUGAGGAUAAGGAUGAUAUUAAGGGUUGUCCUCGUCUUUGCAUUUCUUAUUCUGAUAAAGAAUCGGAAUUAGUUGAAGAUAAAACAUCAAAAGUGAUGAAGAGUGAAGAAUAUCCAUGGAUGAUGUUGGAACAAUUAAACAAACAAAGGAUGAAUAAUCUGUAUUGUGACUUCACAAUUUGUAUUGAUGAUGAAGAAUACCCCGUACAUCAAGGGAUUCUUGCUGCAAGAAGUGAAUACUUCAAUGCAAUGUUUACUUCAAAGUUAAAGGAAGGUUUUGAAAAACGGGUUGAAAUUAAAGAAUCAUCAAAACAAUGUGUUGAACGGAUCUUGGGUUUCUUAUACAGCGGGAAGAUUGAGUUAUCUGUUGGAAAUAUUGAAGAAACAAUUCGUUGUGCUGCCCUGAUGCAAAUACCAGAUUUGUUGCAAGUUGCUGCUGAUUAUGUGCACAGUAUUUUCAAUGCUGAAAAUUGCAUUCACUUUCGUGGUUUGGCCAAGUUGCAUUCUAUGGAUGACUUGGUAAAAAAGGCUGAUAAAUAUGUGCUGGUUCACUUCAGAGAUGUUUGUCUUGAUGGAAGUUGGAAUGAGUUGAGUGCUGAAGAUGUAGAGAUGUUUAUUUCAUCUGAAGAUGUUGUGGUGGAGUCAGAGGAAGUUGUUUAUGAGUGUAUGGUUGGUUGGGUGAAGCAUGAUCUACCAUCAAGGAAACAAUAUUUCCCAACUUUGUUUAGAAAUAUAAGGUUUCAAAAUCUUUCUACCCAAUUUAUCAGAGAUGUCAUCAGAAUAGAGAAACUUGUUUAUGAUUGUCCUGAAUGUUGUAAAGUGGUUUGCAAACAGUAUCUUGACAACAUUGGAUUACCACCAACAACAACAUACAAUCCAAGGAAAGGGGAUUUUCCAGAUGUGAUUGUCACUUAUGUAUCAGAUGUUCGGUAUGGCAACUUUAUACUUAAUGAAAAUAAAGUUGAAGUGAAACAGAAUAAACAAAGAGGAUACAGAGAUUCUAUCACAGCAUCUACUGUUCAUGAAAAUAAAGUUUAUAUUUGUUCCAAUAAUCAAGUCAAGUCAUAUGAUGGGAAAACAUGGGAAGAUAUUACAGAAUUACCAAAUAACAUGCAAUGUCAACAUAUGGUGAUUUGUAAUUCAAUACAUUUUUUGGGUAAGUGCCUAACUCCAUGAUUGACACGAUUAUUGUGUGCGUAUUCUUAAAGGAAUCAAAGAAUGUAACUUACUUUAUCUUUGUGGGGCCGAAAAACGAC